AUGGACCAGCUCCAGGUAGAAUGCGCGGACGAGGACAUUCUGGGCCAAAUCGUCAUCAUCAAGAAGGAUUCGACGGAUGGGGGAACGAUGCCUCUGCUCCGUGGCUCUGUUUCCUGGCUGAUCGGAGCCGGCGAACAAUGCGACCUGCGAAUUAAAAACGCGCUGGUAAAAGCUCUUCACAUGAAGAUCACUGUUGAAGAGCAGGAUGACGAGAACUUCGGAGAAACAUAUGUUUUCCAGUACCAAGCGUUCGCCCCACUCCAGCUAAACUGCUCAGCAGUCCCCUACGUCGCUCAGAACACCUCUUCCACUCCGAACAAAAAUCAAGUGAAGCCAAAGACAAUCAAGCAUGGAGACGUUUUCCGCGUUGGAGGGCGAGCCUUUCGCAUUGAAUAUCCUCAAGGGCAUAUGUUGAGAAAAAGACGCAGGAGUUCCACGAUGAUGCCUCGCAAGCAAACCUACAUCAAUUUUUCGCCCGCUCCAGCUCGAAUUCAGCGCGUCGAAGUCAUGAAAACACCAACUCGAGUUACGAAACCCUUCGGCACACCAGCUUCUUCCAGACGACGAGUAACGUUCGGAAACCGCCUCAGUCCAGAGAUCUUCGAUUACCGAAAGCCUCCAGACACGCCGAUUCGAAAAGGAUCGACUCCGAUGAAAAAGAGCAACGAGCGAAAAAGCAUUUUGAAAGAAACGCCAAUGCGCGCUCCACUAAACGCCGUUCGCGAGGAAGGCAUGCAUCGCGAAAAUCCACCGAAGCUCGAUUUGGGGCCGCCGCCAAAGCUCGACCUGGGAAAUUCGGAAAAGGAAAAAGAAGAAUUCAAAGAUAUGCCAGAGCUUAUUCCCGCUGAGGAGGAGAAUCCGAAUGCGUCGCUUAUUUCUGAGCCAGGAAACUUCAGCUUCGAUGAGUUUAAAUUCUCUGACGAAGAAGACGAGCCUGAUGAGCCAAAGAAAACGCCUUCGAUCGAGCAAGUUCCUAAUCCGCAAAACAAUCAAACUACUCCCACCACUCCAGCUGAGAAGCGAAAGGCCAGGCGAAAGUCUUCUCUGUUCCAACCGAAGAGCGAGUCCUCUUCUCCCGGAACAUUGACAAACGAGCUUCUUGCUCCGAACGAAGAGGACCCACCAAGCACGAGUGCUGCUGAUAUCACCCUUGGAGGCAUUUCCGACUUUGACAUCAGCGAUGACGUCGGCCAUCCUCCAUUUGAGAGCACGAAGGUGAAUGAAAGUUCGAAGCUCUUGGACUCUACUGCUGCGCUCAUGGCAUCAGAUGACGAGACGAACAUCGAAGAUAGUAGCGUCGAACCGAAAACGCCGGAGGGCUACAAUUUCACUGAGCAUCCUAGUGAGGGUUCGAUGACCCCGCUGGAUCAAACACCUAAAGUUACUUCUGUUGGCAGCAUGCGAAAAAAGGUGACCUCUCUCGCAAGAGUCUCGGCAGUUCGAUCGUCUGCUUCUCGCCGCCGAACCUGUGGCGGACCCUCUCCAUCGUCGAAGAUGCGAGUCAAGCGAUUUUCAGCUGAUCCCAAGUUCCUUGCAAAGGCAAUCAAAAUGUACGGGAUGAAACUGAUGAAAAAUCGCCUCGAAAACGAGCCUAAAGAAGUCGUCGACAAAGCGAUGGACAUUCUUGACAAAGAAAAUAAAAGCCCUAACGAGGGUUUACCAACUCCAAAGCUCGAUAAAUCUAUCGUCAAGAUUCCCUCAACGCCAUCAGAAGCACUUGAUUCGCUUCCCAAGCCAAUGAUGGAAAGCCAAAAUGAAAUACUCGUCAAUCGCUCUUUUCAAAAAGACAUGACUCCAGCCAAGCCUAGCCAGGUUCCGCAAACUCCAGAUCAAAAAGAGGCGGAAAAGAAUGAAGAGGAACUCGCUGCCAAAAAGGAAUCUGAAGGCACAAUCCCGCAGAACCCUGUUACACCCGGCCCAACAGCAAUGAAAGGGCUCUUCACAGAAGAAAGCAGCUCAGAGACAGGCGUUACUCCUGGUCCAACUGCUAUGAAGGGUCUAUUUGCUGAGGAGAACGCAGCAAAAGCUGGUGUGACUCCUGGCCCAACCGCGAUGAAAGGACUCUUUGCGGAAGAAAAUAAGGCCAAGGGAAAUCAAACACCUCACCAAUCUGCAAUGAAAGGCCUUUUCCAGGAAGAAAAAGAGCAGCAAGCCGCAGCCACUCCUAUCCAAGGAGAGCUCCACCAAAUGUUCAAAGAGCAAAAGUCCCUCCCAACUCCAAAUGUCCGCAAAAUCUUUAGCGAAAUGGCUCACGAGAUGAAAACUCCCGACGGAAAAGCGAUGAAGAACAUCUUUGGCGACGGACAGGAAAAGACUGCGAAAGAACAGUCGGUCCCUCAAAAUCCCGUUACUCCAGGUGGCGAUGCGAUGACCGGUCUCUUUGGCUCAAAGACACCUAUUGCCACUCCUUCCGCAAAAAUUUUCGAGUCUCCAGCUCGCAAAAACAUGGAAGAUAACACAUUCGCUACCCCAGGACGUGGGAAAAAAUUCUCUGACUUUGCUGACUCGGCUUUCAAACAUGACGAGUCAAGGCCAAAAACGAAUGAAGUAACUCCUGGCCAAACUGCUAUGAAGGCCAUUUUCGAACCUGCUAUUGAACCGGAGUCCCCUCUUCUCGACGCAAGAGCAAUGCAAAAAGUCUUCCAGUCCCCAGUUCUUGAUCUCGACAACGAAGAUCAUGUCAAAUCGAUGGAGGAUAUGACCGAUGAUGUCAAAAUCGGCAACACUAGCAUUCGACAGCUCAUCUCUGAAGUUGGUGGCAUGGAGGCGACUCCGGAACAGAUUGCCUAUGAAUACCUGAUGGAAGGCGAUCCGAUCGAGAUAAAAUUCGACGACGAAAUGUCAACUUCAACUGCUAGCUUGAGACGUUUUUCCGAAACCAGCGCGCAUCGAUCCAGAACUCGAAAGACCUUUAUUGGCACAAACGCCGUCGACGAGCCAAACGUUUCUACAACUCUUUUCUCGACUCCUGACAGUGACGAUGACGAGGAAGACAUCCUCAGGGAGAGUGAAAAAGAUGUCCUCCAACUUGACGCUUCGAUGGCUCUUGAUAAAUCGCAAGAGAAAAUUGAUAGUCCCGCAGAGCCAGAAAAAGAUCUCAUUCCAGAACCCACUACUCAACAGAAAAAAUUAUCUCCUGGCGAUCUUCCUCGACGUCGUGGACGCCCCUCUAUCAAGCCAAAAGCUGGCCAAGAGCUUGAAUCGCCCAAGAAAGUCGGAAAAUCAUCCGCUCAAGAUACGUCCUCCGAAGAAGCUACCGACAAAAAGACCGAACUAACUGAAGACGCUACUACUACUCAUACGACUCCAGAUAUCGUGAUUACGGAAGCUACACCCAAGCGACGUGGUCGGCCCUCACUCAAGCCAAAAGUGCAGGAAGAGCCAGUUGUCGAGGAAAAGACGAAAACUGCGACCACUCCUAAACGGCGAGGGCGACCAUCACUCAAACCGAAAGAAGAGGAAGAAGAAUCAACAGAACCUGUCGUUUAUGCGCCAAAAUCUCGAGGGCGACCUUCGUUGAAAUCUAAGGCUGCUCCAGAAGAAGAUUCACCAAAGGGUCUUCAAUCUGCGACAAAGGUUGAGACUCAGCCGACUACCACGCCAAAGCGAAAAGGAAGGCCAUCUUUGGCGCAGAAAAAGAAGGAAGCCGAAGCAGCGACCGAGGUCAAGACACCAAAACGACGAGGUCGCCCCUCCUUGAAGCCGAAAGUUGAAGAGGAAGAACAUACUGACUUCUUCGCUGAAGCAACUGGCGAGCCUUCUACAAGUGCGACUCCUAAACGACGAUCAAUUGUCCCUCCUGAUGAAGCAUUUUUGUCUCCAGUUUCAAGCCAUGCGUCCGAAAAUGAAUCAGCCGAGAAAGCUAAUACUGAAGAAGACGAGGAAGUACAAGAGCCAUCACCAGUUAAGUCGAAGCGUGGCCGCAAAUCCAACGCUCAAAAGGCCAAAGAAGCGGAAGAAUCUGUCGAAGCUCCAGUUGAGAAAUCAACAAGGAAAUCUCUAUUAAUGAUGGCUGAAGAUGCGGCACAAGAUGGUGUCGUUGCUGAUAAGAAGACGAAGGCAAGAAAAUCAAUUCUUGAUAUGGCAGAAGAAGCUGCCGAAGUUGCGGAACCGCCAGUUCCCGAAGCUACAGCUGAUGAAAUUCCUAUUCUUGAAGAUCUUCCGGUGCUCGAACAUCCUGCUGCUGAAGAGCAACCGACGACUGAAGAAAAGCCAAAGAAACGUGGACGAAAACCUGCUCCACCAGUUGCGACAUCUUCUCGGCGCACUCGACGAAAUUCCGCCUCGGAGUCAUCAGCUGAGGAAGCACCAGUUGCAGCCACUCCAUCGAAGGGACGAGGAAAGAAAGCAGUUGCUGCUACGCCUGUUAGAAGAAGCAGACGAGUUAGCACGCUUGAGACUCCAAAGGUUGAAGCUAAGAAGGAAGAAGAAAAGUCUACCAAGCGACGACCACGUGCGCGGAAGAUCGAUGAGCCCGAGGAAAUUAGUCCAGCGAAGCAAGCUAAGAUUGAAGAGCCUGCAUCUGUCGAGGCUGUUGCUGCCGAAAUCGCUGUUGCUCCGCGACGAACUCGGCGAACCUCGAAGACGGAAACAGCUGAAGAGCCGAAAGAAGAGCCGGCGAAAAAGACAGUCAAGCGAAGAAAGAGAAACAUCUCCGGAACCGCUGAAAGCUCAGAUAAUGAAGUUGCUUCUAAGCCAACUCGGGGACGAAAGUCAAAGAAGGAAGAAACAGUCGAGAAAGAGGAUGAAGAUACAACGAAAGCGCCUAAACGAGCUGGACGAAAGUCUAAAAAGGCUGUCGAAGAAACUCCUGAAGAAGAACAAAAGGAAGUUGAAAAAUCGCCUGUGAAGAAAGUAGGCAGAAAAGCGCGCAAAGUUGAAGAGCCGGUAGUCGAGUCGCCUAAGAAGAAGGCUGGCAGACCAAAGAAAGUAAAGGAGUCUGAAUCGUCCGACGAGCCCGUAGUGGAGUCGCCGAAGAAAAAAGCAGGUCGACCGAAAAAGGUAAAAGAUUCUGAGCCUGCCGAAAACGCUGUCGUCGAGGGAAAGCCAAAGCGCGGGCGAAAAGCAAAGGAGCCGGUAAAAGAUUUGAACACAUCGGAGUCGCAGGAGGAGACUAAUGUGCCAGCAGAAAAACCAAAGCGGGGACGAAAGCCAAAAGCCGUCGCUGAGCCCGUGGAGGAAGCUGAAAAGCCAAAAAGAGGUCGAGCAAAGAAGGCAUCUUCAGACGAAUCUUCUCAAGAACGACCCGCACCAGCCAAGGGCCGUUCCACACGAUCAAAAGCACCCGUCGUCGUGCCAGAGAUCGAAAUGGAACACGUCGAUACUGUCUCGUGCCUGAAAAAGUCGAAACGCGGUAUAAAACCCACCGUUUCCUUUCAAGAAGACGAGGCCGACGAUCAGCCCGAAGAAGAACCGGCUGAUGAAGUUAAGCCAGCCAAAAAGCCGACUAAGAAAGCUGCGGCUGCUAAGAAAGCAUCGUCAAAGAAAAAUGACGAUGCCGAGGAAAAACCUAAGGCCCGAGGCCUUGCAAGGUCGAGAAGGGAUUACCUGAUGGGUACCUAUCAGGUUGAUGACUCGCUACAGAAUUCCUCUGUUAGCACCUUCUUUUGCUAUGUAUUGAUCACUAGUUCCUGUGUUUUUGCGCUUCUCAUUUUGAGAGACUUCGUAAAAAAGGCAUUUGGUGCUCGACAAAUUGACAUGUCAUGUGGAUCAGGAAAACGAAGGACCACAGUAAAGCUCGGUCUGGCUAUUGCGAAAGAUGUAUCACAGCCGAAACUGUUCAUCAAAUUCACUCCAGAGAAAGGCGAUGAAAAACAAACCGUAGUUAUUUAUGACGACCUCGGUAAUCACAUCGGAAAAUACGGCCAUUUUGAUAUAAAAGUGAAUCAGCGUCAUCUCAGAAACACGAAGUUCAUUCAAAUUGGUAUAUCAUCAGAAAGUUCUCUUCGCGGAGAACAAAUUGCAACUCUAUCCUCUGCGAAAAUCGUUUUCCCCAAAGCAUCUGACAAGGACGACAGUAAAGAACGACUAAAAGAUGCCAUAAUUUACGACCCCAUUGAGCUAGUAAAUAAUAUUCCAGUCAAGCUUUCACUCGAGGAAGGAAAGCAAUCAUCGAUAUUCUUCGACGGUCUUUACAAUUCAACAUCAUUUUCCUCUUUCAACUGGUCUCGAAAAGUUGAAGAAAUUCUUAUUGCCAUGAUUGUUGGCUUUCUCUACGUCAGAAAUCUUGCCUACUCUUCGCAAUCGUCCAAAACAGAGGUCGCUGGACUCUUUGGAGGAGCAGUUAAAGUUGAUUCACAUUUCAUCGGCUACUACCAUCGAAUUCAAGAUCCAUGGGAUACCGAUGCUAUUUCGCUGAUUGUAGAAGCAGUUCUUGGUGGAGUUUUUAUUGGAUAUUUUGCGUCCGUUCUCGCUCGAUUUAUUCAUGGGUUCUUUCUUUGGCUGCGACCGCCAGUGAUCAUUUCCGUCGAAACAAAGUGCUACACAAAAAAGCUUUUUACCAAGAAACGAUCUGGUCAAAACAAGCGAGAAAAUAUCGAAGAUAUGUUUUUGCUUCAAAAUAACCCAAAUAUGUGUGCGGAAAGCUUCGGAAGAAUCCUCGGGAAGCUCAACAAGCAGAGUGACAUGGGAGAGCUGACUUAUGAUUGGGAGAUUGAAAUGAACGGUGAUUUUGUCGAAUACACACAGAUUAAAACAGCGACUACGGAUGGUAAUGCAGGAGCAGUCUUUACUACCGUCUACGAUGACCUGGCCGACUUUGACGACUUUGGCGAGCUCGAAGAAGAAGACGACAAUGCAAUCAACAAAACUCUUCGACGGCUAACAACUCGAAAUAACAACGAUAAGGUCGUCACAUCGAAUGACCCCGAAGACGGAAAUACUCUCAACAACAUUCCCGUGUCUGCCGGGGGAGAUCCACGAGUUGGAAAAGGCUUUGGCAUGGUUUCAUACUUUUGGAUCGUCGUCAGUUUGAUUUUCUCUGGAGCGACAAUUUCGUUUCUGAAUGUAUACUUGUACACUCUCCUUCAAACUCCGAAAGUCGACGAAGAAGAAGACGUUCAUAUGGGCGGUCUUCUCAUCUCAAUCUGGUCAUGUCAGAUCAUCUGGUCCCUCUUUAUCUCCUCAAUCCUCGACGAUUUUGUCUUCCGAGUUUAA